GCGUAGUUUGUAAUUUUGCGUUACACAAGGUGAAGGUUGUAGGUGGUUGAAACAGAAGAUCAUUUGAUGUAUUGGUGAACUCUGUGGCAGCAUUGUUUCAGACAAUAACAGGAAGGCAGGUAUGAUGUUUCAUUCAAAAAAUAUCAAGUAUUCUUCAGAACUUGUACUCAUCUACUUCUUGAUAAUUGCACCUCAAUCAUCAAACGGUCAAAUUAGUGGAAUUUAUUGUGGCCAAGAUAUAUGUUAUGAUGUCUUACAAGUUACCCGAGAUGAUGAUAAAAGUCGAAUUCGUAAAGCUUAUCAUGAGAUGGCAAGGAAAUAUCAUCCAGAUAGACAGAAAACAAGAGAAGAUAAAUUGAAGGCUGAAGAACGUUUUCGAUUAAUCAACACUGCCUAUGAGAUUCUCAGUGAUCCAGAACAAAGACGUGAAUAUGAUUAUAUGCUUGAUAAUCCUGAUCAAAUGUAUUUUCAUUAUUAUCAAUACUAUAGACGUCAGUAUUCUACUAAAGUUGAUGUGAGAUUAGUGAUCUUAUCGAUUCUAUUUAUCAUAUCUACAAUACAAUACGCUGGUCAAUGGACAAGUUAUAAUCAUGCAUUAAGUUAUUUACUUAAAGAUCCAAAACAUCGUGCUAAAGCGAAACAACUAGCCAAUGCUGAAGGUUUAUUGAAUAAAUCAAAAUAUCAAGUUGGAAAACGUUUAACUCGUGAUGAAUUAAAAGAACGUGAAGAAGAAUUACUUAAGCGUAUAUUAAAAGAAACUGUUGAACUCCGAGGUGAUUGUUGUCGACCUAGUCUCAAACGUGUCCUUCUAGUUAGAAUACUAUUCUUUCCAUGGACUUGUUUUAUAUGGCUACGAUGGAUAUUCUGUUGGGUGAUUAAUUAUUGGAUACUACGUCGGUCAUAUAAUGAAGAAGCACAGAUUUUCAUUACUCGACGUCGUUUAAAAAUGAAUGAAAGUGAAUGGGAUUAUUUGGGAGCUGAACAACAAGCGAAAUUUUUAUCAAAAGGACUUUGGAUCAAAGAAAAUUAUAAGAAAUUUCUUGCUGAACAAGAAGAAGCUAAUCGUAUACGUGCAGCUGAAGACACUGAUGCGAAACGCUAUCGUCGAUAUACUAAACGUGCUGGACCACCUCCAGUAAAUCUUGAAGAUUUGUAUUAAUAUAUUUUUGUUUUGUUGAAUUUCUCUUCUUAUAACAUCUCGUUUUAUAUUUAUUGUAUAUUGUUGUGAUUUAUGUCUAUUGGCAUUAGUGUAUAUCCCCGCCCUUCCCUCCUCCCUGUUACCAUCUUUUAGUUCAGGUGAACAUUGUUAAGAGUGCAAUCUUUCUUAUGGAGGGGGGGGGGAAAUGUUUUGUUCUACUUUUUUUUUUCCCUCCUACCCAUCCUUUUCGCUGUUGCCCUCUAUAUACACACAUGGCUGCCAGUAUCCGGCAUGUUCCUAUGUAAACUCUACACAGACUGACUGAUGUUAAACUGACAUUAUUACAUACAAAUAGCGUGUGUGAAAUGUGUAAUUUUCUGAGUAUAAUUCUACUUAAUCUCUUGAUGGAUUGUGAUAUUUAUAUAUAUAGACUACCAGCUUAAGCUUAAACGCCAACAUGUAGGAUACCAGCUACACACACACACACACACACACACACACACACACACACACUGAUCCUUUAUUUCUGGCUGCCUUUUUGAAAAUAUGAUUAUCAAUUAUUAUUUUCUACGAAUGAUAAAGUUGAUGGGUUGGUAGGUUUUCAUGUCACCAUCUUAUCCAUUUUGUAUACAUCACUACCAACUGGUGCCUUGAACUUGGAUAUAACAAUAAACUGAGUAUUAUUUCAAUGUCUAUCUUGUUCUAUACUUCCGGUUUUUGUUUUUAUGUAGAGAAAUAAACAAAAUGAUAAAAUGUCUUUCUCUUUU